AUGCUAGAAUCUGGAAAGAUCGACGUGUAUGCGGUCACAACUGCGAACCUUGACUCGACGCAGUGUAAUGGCGACGGGGAGACGGAUGUGUCCGUGCAGCGGCGGCUAGCAAACACCAACUGCAGAACUUUGGGCCGAAAGGACGACUUGCGUCGACGCUAUCAGUCGAGACGGUGCCAAGCGCUUGAAAGUGGGUUGAAGAAGAAGCGACCGAUGCUGUCCAUACCGCAGUCCUCAACUCCGAAUCCGCUGUUGCGAACACCGAGGCAACCAAGCAUCGCUACGCCAGCCCGAACAAACAAAGUCGAAAUUCCUUCUCGUAGAGUGCAACCAGCUGCUUCGGGGCCAUCGACCUCUUCUCGGACCACUUUAAGCCAGCGCUUUCGACGAGCUAUCCAGCAGGGCGACCUGGCUGCAGCACAGCGGAUUGCCGCCAGAGCAUUCGACCUUCAGUUCUUGCCCCGAUCCGAAGAACAAGAUGCGUACGGCGCGCUUGGCGACGGGAGCACCCUUCGUGCGCCCAGAGCGGCUCUGCGUGCAGCACAGGCGCAACGACCUUCGUCGGCACAUCCCUUCGACAUCCGCAACGUUGCAGACGCACCCGAGGGUGUAGGUCUCACCAAGCAUCACCACCACCGCAAAUACACACUCGCCAUACACGACGAGUCCUUUGCACAAGAUGCAGUCGAAGAUGCUGAUCCCAGCUUGCUCGUAGCUAUCAGACACAAUGCUGAUGUAGAGAUGAUUCGCUGGCUCAUAGAAAUGGGUCACGAACAUCACAUCCCGAGCCUAGAUAACGACGGCAACACCGUGCUCCACCUCGCAACUCUGUACGAUCGCUCCGACAUCAUCUACGCCUACUCGACGUACACCUCGAGCCACGUCGCAUCUACGUUGGCUGAUCUGAUCGAUGCCGAGACCUUGCAUGACCGAAGGACCGCACUUCAUCUAUCUUGCAUCCGCGGUUUUGAUGAUGUAGCACGCCAGCUGCUAGAUUUGGGUUCCGAUGUCGAUCUGCAAGACCGCGCGGGCAACACUGCGCUGCACUUUGCAUCCGCAUGGGGGCACGUAUCGCUCUUGCAGCUGCUCAUCGAGCGUGGCUGUUCCCUUGCUGUCAAGAACGCCGAAGGCUCCACCGCUUCCGACUACGCCUACUCGCACAGCGUCAAAGAAGCGCUCGAGACGCUCGGUCGUGUUCGCUACGAGAGUCGCAAAAAGACUCGGCGUGGGACCGCAGCUACAGUCAUGCCGGCUGGAGGUCGACCCUCGGCAUCAUUCGCAGGCGCAACUUCGCCUCAGGCGGACGAGUCCAUAUCAUCCGAUCGACAGUCGCGAUCCAGACCUUUCCCUUCCUUCCUCAGUCGAAACGGCUCCAACAGCGGAGCACACAGGGGCAGCACGACAACCACACCCGUUCGUGGCACAUUCGCUGACACGAAGGCUGACCAGACGACCGACUUGUACGACGACUGGGAUCCGGAAAAGACGUUUGCCCAGCCGGGUCAAGAUCUGUUUCCGGGCAACCGUGGUGUGUUCUCGUCUCCACCGGUGCAGCGGAUUGCUAGCCCGGCCAAUCUCUCAACGCCAGGCAGAGCUUCGAUCGAUCUGUACAGCGAAGUACUCAACCACUCGCCCCGUGCCCCCGCAGCGGCUACUCUUGGCGCUGCUCCACACAGCGGAGCGCACGAGCACGCUGCCCCGGCACAGGACAGAGUGCCAGCUCAGUCACCUUCGACGACGCUACCCAACGCCUACAAGGGGCUAGCGCCCAACGGUAUCUCAGGAGCCGAAAUCAAGCGUCAGCUCUCACCCAAUUUCAGUCAAAUCAUCCGGCGCACACCGAGUCCCCGGAACGUCGGUGCAUCAGCGGAUAAAGUCAGGUUGCAAGACGCCGCAGCCAUGUCGCUCUUCCGCAGCACCACGCCACAGCCGAAUCACGUCCCGGGCAGAAUUGAUACGCCACCGAUCCCGUACACGAUACGAAGCGAGAGUCCUCUGUUGUUGAACCGAGCCGGCAGGGGUAGUGUCAAGUCCCCACCACCGCCGCCCGAGGUGUUCAGACCAGGAAGCACACCUGACUCGACGGCAGUUGGUGGCAGCGGCGAGAAGGUCAGUGUAGAUCGGAUCGGAGAAGGCCGAGGACAACUUGAUCGAGAGCUGAGAGCUUAUCGCGGCUGCCUUCGAUACGUGUCGUCAACGUACGUCCCUGCUUGUGCGACGAUGAGCCGAAUGCCCAGCCGGAAAGGUACCCCUUUCCAGCGCAUCCUGUACACUCCUUUGAACCGCGAAUCGGUCCUGUCCUUCGCAUUGCAAUCUCCAAGCACGGCACGGCCUGGUGCCGAAGCAUACUCGCGGCAAUCCACGCGGGUAUCUGACCGGGCGCAAAUUCAGACGGGCCAAAAACCGGGCCUUUACGCUCAGCUCACACGCGUCGCUUUUUCGCUAGCGAGCUGUCCAAGAACGAAAAAGACCUAUCAAGGUCAUAUGCCAUCCGAUGUGGGGUUGUUGCCCAUGCAGCGUAUCGCUCCAGCUGCGAGGAUGACGAUCCACCAACCUGCCGAUUCUAACGGACACCGCGCCACUGGACUUCUCGGCACCGGCGAAUUCGGCGAUGCCGUUCUGGACGAGCUCAAACCCGAUGGACCCGAAGCCAAGGCUGUCGACUCUGCCAUCUCCUCCGGAAACUCCCACUUGCUCGCCGCGCUCUUCCGCGACUACUGCUUCGCGACAUCGGCUUAUCUUCUGGAACCCGUUGAUCGAGCCUUCCGUCAAACCGGAUUGUACACCCAGGGUCGAUCUGUUCUCCCACAGCAGCUCGCCGUUCCCCUCAAGAAGCUCGCCGAUAAGUUGGGUCAUUUCCCUUACAUGGAGUACGCCUCCUCCUACGCCCUGGUGAACUACCUCUGCAAGGAUCCGAACUACAAGGGCAAUGCAGGAAAAUACAGCUUCGACAACAUGGAGUUGAUCCGUUCGUUCGAAGACGCUUCUGGUUCCGAGAGAGGCUUCAUCUUGGUUCAUGUCGAGAUGGUCUCCUACACCGGUCAAUUGGUGUCCGCUACGGAGGACGCUCUACGAGCAUGCAACGCAAAAGACGUAGCUGCUUUCGAAGACGCUUUCGAGCGAUUGUUGGUGGUGUACCGAAAGAUCAAUGAGAGCAUGGAGACCAUGUGGAAACGUUCUCUGCCCGAGGAUUACCUCAAGUACCGAAGCUUCAUCUUCGGCACGGGUCCUAAGAAGAUGAACGCCAUGUUCCCGCAGGGAGUCGUCUACGAAGGCGUCAGCGAAGAGCCUCAGUUCUACCGCGGUGAAUCCGGAGCCAACGAUUCCAUCGUCCCCACCGGAGACAACCUCCUGGAGAUCACGGCGCACAUGCCCAACAACGAUCUGACCAAGACGCUGCGCGACUUCCGCUCGUACCGACCGAAGAACCAGCGAGAGUUCCUGCAGCAGCUCGAAGCCCGAUCCACUCUGGCGGGAGUUCGUGGUUUCGCCAUGUCAAGCAGCGCCCGCAGCAAGGCACUGUACGUGCUGCUCGUGGAUCAGAUCCGAGAAUUCAGGAACAGACACUGGAUGUUCACCAAGAGCUACAUCAUCCAACGCACCAGCUACGACAUCGCCACCGGCGGAAGCCCCAUCCUCCAGUACCUGCCCAACAACCUCAGUGUCGUACUCAAGGUUCUCGAGGAGAGCUUCGACGAGUUCACCGCUGCAGACGCCAACCAGCUCGGCAACGGCGUUGAGGCCAAGAGUGGCAGCAAGCACAGGAUCUCCGACGUGGAGCUGUUGGAGAGCGUCGAUGCUGCAGGUAAAAGGGCGGGUGCCCAGAGAAGGCUGUUGGAGAGAGAGGUGGCUGAGCUGUUGAGGGAGAAGGAGGAGAGGAUCCAGAAGCUUGGUGGCGAUGUGGAGAAGGGUAGGGGUAUGUUGGGCGAGCAGAGGGAGAUGAAGCGAGGUGCGGUUGGCUGCGACGGUGUUGGAUGA